AUGAGCGCAAAUAGCGGUGACAGUGUUAAAAUAAAGAGCGAUACGUCGAGGAAGAGAUUGACCUCCGCUCAAAAAGAUCUAUAUAUGAAACCGCUGUUAAGGUUAAAGCAACAAGAAGGCAUUCUUGAAAAAGGCCUUAUCACCGCUAUCGAGAACAUGAAAAUAGACUCGAAUUUGGCCAACGAUAUUAUGAAUCAACACAGGGAACUGUCUUUGAAGAGGCAAAACUUUUUAGACGCGAUGCACAGAAAUAUGGAGGACAUCGCUUCCGAAUUGGAUUCUGCGAAACACAUUGCGAACAAUCCGGAAGCUUUACAAAAGCUAGAUGUAAAUACGUACAAGUCGAAAUUGAUCAAACUUUCGCAGAAAAUGCAAGCAUUCGAGAAAUCUUGUCCGAGUCGGGCAUUAACGGAGGAGGGAAAUACAUUGAGUUCCGAGUUGCACGAACUUGACUUCGAUUUAGACAAAUAUGAGAAAGCGCAGAGAAACGCGACACUUCUGUCGUUAUCGUGUAAAAGUAAAGUGGAGAACAAACAAAAGAAAUCGGAAUACAAAGACGUGGACGAUUUUCACGCUCUGGUCGCGGUAACAGGACACACGGAAAAUUGGACCAUGGAGGAUCACCUGUUCUUCUUAAAAAUGCGGAAGAAAUGCGAGAAUGUUCCGACUCUGGUUGCAGCUAUCCAGCAAAAGUGUCCGGAUCUGUCCGUUGAAACUAUAGUGAAUCACGAAGCGUGGUACAAGCAGUACACAGAUUUGCGCGAGAAACAAAAAACAGCGGUGAAAGAGUGGCGUCAGAGAAAGGCCUUGGAGAGGAAAGAAAAUAUCGGCGAAAUGGACAAAGAUAUUCAGGAUCUUCAUGUAGAUGAAGAUCUUCCCGAAGAGAAAACAAUUGGUACUUUUAAGAAAAUAAAAUCGUCCACGAGGGAAGGCAGCAGCGCCAGUUCCAAUGAAAGUCAGAAGAAAGAACUGAUCAAGAAGUGGAGAAUGGAAAAAGAAAAUAAGCGAUUCAUGGACGAAGAACAGAUGAAAAUGCAGAUGAAGUUGAGGAAAGAGGUGGAGGAAAAUAGGAGAAAGAAACGCAGGGAGAAGAUCCAGGUAGCUUUGGACGAAUAUAAAAGGAAGAAGUGCUUGGAAAAUGUUUUAAAAGAGAUGGAGGAACGUUCCAAAGAGAAACGUGUAUACGAUACAACUUUGAUCAAAGCAUUUAGGGAACAAGACAAAGAAUUCACCAAGAGGAGAGAAACUUUGAUCCUACGUUCGAAAAAGCCAAGCAAAUGCGAGUCGGUAAAUAUAAAAAAGAUGGAGCUUGUAGGAAUGAGGAAUUAUUCAACACUGUUAAAUACCACGAAAGUUUGGAGGGAGAGAUGCAAAGUGGAUGAAUCGACCAGCCGUUCCAACGAAUUUCAAUACAUCAAGGAUUUACCAAGAAUGUGAGUAACUAAAUAAAUUAUUAAACCGUUUAUUUAUUUACAUAUGGAUGGUAUUACAGGCGUAUCCGAUGGAGGAACGAAGAAUCAGAGGAUCUAAAAAUCUAACAAGAAAUAUAUCGAUUAAAAAAUAUAAAAGACGUUAGUAUAA